AUGCUGAAAUUGCAGACCGUCGUCAAAAAGCCAGGAAUAGACCGCCCGUCCCACACUGGCCUCAACAAAAUAGAGCUCACCUCGAAUACAGGACGCCAGCACUCUGCACCGGCACACGAAGCGCGGCGUUCGGAGGCUUCUGUAUGUGGGCAAAGACGCGCCAAAUCAGCCGGUUUCAGGUACGGUGCAAUGAACGGCGGCACGAGGGCAAGUGGAAUCAAGUUGCUGGCAAUGCGAACAGCCUCAACUAAUCCGGAUGGAGUGAAGCACUCUGCGGCCCUACGCUCCGGCGUCCGACCGCGCAGCAGCAAACUGCCUUGGGGCACAAUUGUGCCUCCCACGUUUGGUUUGGGCCAUCAACGCCUAACAGCCUACGAGUUACAGCAAACUGUUUCUAGGCUCUACCAAGUGCCAAUGCGUGAUGAAUUAGUCUGGAUGAGUCGAUUUCGUAGAAGACCCACUCCAAGCGGCAGUGCGAACUCCAGGAAGCUGAGCAAACGACAAAUAGACGAUAUGGUAUGUCAAUGA